ACUAAAGAAACCUUCUCUUUUGUGAUUGUGCUCCAUUUUGUUUGUCCGAUUUUUUGUCGACGUGACUGAUCGUACGCAUCGUACGUGCUUUCAACUUUGCCAUAAAUUUAUAAUCCUAAUUAUAUCGGUUUUUAAAGUCCCGCAAGCAUGAGUACCCGGGUUUUCGUCGGCGGUUUGACAUACAAAGUACGCGAAAGAGAUUUGGAGAAGUUCUUCCGCAAAUAUGGCCGCAUCCGCGAAGUAUCCAUGAAAAGCGGCUACGCCUUCGUGGAGUUCGACGACUACAGGGACGCCGAAGACGCCGUGUACGAGAUGAACGGUAAGGAUUUAAUGGGGGAAAGAGUUACUGUAGAGCGGGCUAGGGGAACCCCGCGGGGAAGCGACCGUUGGAGGGACAGGGACUCCCGCGGCGGCGGCGGUGGAGGAGGAGGAGGUGGCGGCGGUGGAUACGGAGCACCCCAGCGCAGGGAAAGAGACAGAGAACCGAGAGGCAGAGACAAGUACGGCCCACCGACCCGUACGGAGUACCAAGUCACUGUGGAAAACCUGUCUAGCAGAUGCUCCUGGCAAGACUUGAAAGACUACAUGCGUAAGGCCGGCGAAGUAACGUACGCCGAUGCCCACAAACAAGCCCAGAACGAAGGAGUAGUCGAGUUUGCAUCGUACAAUGACAUGAAGAACGCCAUCGAGAAACUAGAUGGUACAGAGAUUAACGGAAGGAAGAUCAGAAUAGUUGAGUCAGGAAGAGGAAGGAAGAAGUCUUCGAGCCGUUCGCGUUCCAGAUCUCCCCGUUCCAGAAGCAAGUCAGCGUCCAGGUCGAGGUCCGGAUCAAGAAAUGACCGUUCACCGAGCAAGGAGAAUGGAAAUAAGAGAUCUCCUUCAAGAUCACGGUCCAGAGACAACUGAAGUUUGUGAGUGAUAUAAAAGAGCCUAACUAAGGGUUUUGUGUGCGGAAUUACAAAGGUUUAUUUUGUUUAUUUUUUUUAUUGUAUAAUUUUCUAAUUGUUAGGUAUAUAUCUUCCGGCAAUUUCUGUUACAAGUCUUAUAAAUGAAGGCUUUUCAUUUGAGGGCAUGUAAAGAUUUGCAUUACUUCAUGUAAUCUGUAUUUUUUUCAUUUCAUGUCAUCCUUGAAUAUGAAUCAGGUUUUAAAAACUUAUAUUAUUAGGCAAUGUAAGCUAACUUUAAUACCUGUGUUCAAACUAUAAUUUCUAAUUAUUAAAAUUUUCAAAUAUUUUGAUGAUGCUACUAAGACAUUAUAUUUUCAAUUUUGGGUAUAUAAAACUGUACUUUAUAUUACACACAUAGCAUAUGUGAUUUUUGGCAAUACAUUUUCUCCAAUCAUCAAUUUGCAAUCAUUGAAUUAUUCAUAGUUGUAGUUAAUUUCAAAUUUUGUAUAUCAAGUCAUGUUUUUUGAUAUCAUUAAAACGAUUUUUGGCUUUUGUUUGCAUAUUAUUGGCCAAACAAAAAUUCUAUUUAGCUUCUAACAACUAUGUAAGUCAUGUAUGAAAAAUAAAAAGUAAUUAGAAACCG